GAAUCUCUGCAUCUUGUUUGAACCUGCAUACAAAAAUAUACAGUGCUCAGUCAUGUUCUAUUAAAUGUGUAGUGUUCUGUCAAUUAUUUAACUGCUGUUCUUGUUAAACAUUUAGAAAUAUUAUGCAUGUUAAUGAUAUUUAAAGUAUCUAUUAAGGAUGAUUGACAUUGAAAAGUAUAAAAACAGCAUGUAUGCUGCAAGGAAAAGAAUACAAAAUGUGACUGUUCAAACUCCAUUACUCUAUUCCAAAUGGCUUUCCAAGGAAACAGGCGCUAAUAUUUAUUUGAAGAUGGAAUGUGAGCAAAUUACAAAUUCUUUUAAAUUGCGAGGAGCUGUAAACACAAUAUACAAGCUUCAUGAGGAAACAAUGGAAGCAAAGGGGAAUAUAGAAAAGAUUGUAACCGCGUCUAGUGGAAAUCAUGGUGUUGCAUGCGCUUAUGCUGCUUCCAAAUUGAAUGUCCCUUUGUCAGUGUAUGUCUAUACAUCAAUACCCAAAGCAAAAGAAGAAAGGUUAUUGGAGUACAGUAAUGUAGAGAUUGUGAAACACGGUAAGGAGUGCUGUGAGGCAGAAGUUUAUGGUCGUACUUGUGCUACACGUUCUGGCUUAUUAUUUAUAUCACCAUAUAACAAUACUGAUGUCAUUUGUGGUCAAGCUACUAUUGGACUUGAACUGCUUGACCAAUUAAAGAGUUUAGAUGCUGUUAUUGUACCAGUCGGAGGGGGAGGGUUAAUCAGUGGGAUAGCACUUGCUAUUAAGCUUCACAAUCCAAAUAUAAAAGUAAUUGGUUGUCAGCCAAAAAAUGACUGUUGUAUGUUCGAGUCUAUAAAUGCUGGCAAAAUUCUGGAUGACAACAUUAUGGCUAGUACUUUUUCAGAUGGCACAGCUGGUAGAGUUGAACCAGGUUCAGUUACUUUUGAAAUAUGCCAAAAUUAUGUUGAUGAUUGGGUACUAGUUGAGGAGGAAGACAUCCAGCGUGCAGUUUUUGAUAUAAUGGAUAAACAGAAAAAAAUAAUUGAAGGCGCUGCAGGAUUAGCGGUUGCAGCUGCUAGAAAAAAUCAAGCAGAGUUUAAAAACAAAAAUGUGGCUGUUAUCAUGUGUGGUGCAAACAUUGGCAUUGAAAGUAUUAAGUAUUUAGUUAAUAAAUAUUCAAAGUAAAAACUAUGAUAUAUUUUUUAAUGUAUUAUACAGAGCUUUUUAUACUUCAUUACAGUAACUGAGUGGUCACUGGUCCUGUAGAACGACCUGAAAUUUAUAAGAUAUCUAAAAUCCUGGAAUUUAUCAAAGAGAUAUUGAAAUCAUUAUAUAGUUAGAUUAUUCUGAAGGAUUUAAAAUUUACAGAAAAUGUUUUUGUUUUUUUUGUUAUUUAAGAAAUUUUAUGAUGA